AUGGGACAUGUGGGCUCAGCUCGAGACACCACGCGAGGCACCGAAUAUCCGACAUUCCGUUCGAAUCAUCACCCGGGUCAACGCCUUCGCAAGCCUCUCGUAGAAUACUGCACGAACGACUGGCGAAAUUCUCCCACCUACCAGCCUUCGGUCGAUACCGGUGUGCCCGACGAUGAAUUCUUGGACCGAGUCGUGGUCAGAGCCAUUGCCGUGAUCAGAGCCCCCAAGUUCAGGAGACUCCUUCUCUUGAUCGUCUUCCUCACUAUCGCCUCAGUUGUGCUGUGGAUCAAAUUCCUGGGACCAUUCAUCGAGGAAGAGCGGGCAGCAUGGUCAUCCCUGAAUCUGAACUCGGAGUCCGGCGCUGGAGGUGUUUUUGGGACAAAUGUGCGGCCCCCAUUUCCGGGUAUGAUCCAUAUACAAUCUCUCGAUCCCGACCUCCUCCCACAGUCAUCCAAAAAGCCGGGGGGAAGAACCUUCCAUAAGAAGAGACUGAUAUUCAUCGGUGAUAUCCAUGGUUGCCGAGAGGAAUUAGAAUCUCUGUUGAAGAAAGUGCAAUUUGAUCCCCGGACCGAUCAUUUGAUCGCAGUGGGAGAUGUGGUCUCCAAAGGCCCCGAUUCGCUUGGAGUGAUCGAUCUUUUACGUGGACACCAAGCUUCCUGUGUGCGCGGAAACCACGAAGAUCGACUCUUGUUGAUUGCCGAAGAUCUUCAAUCGACCUCACUGAGGUCAAACAAGAACUCCAAAUUGGGUGCGGCUACGGGCAAACAAGCAAUUCCCCACAACGACGAUUCCGAGAGAGACUUGGCAAUGUCACUGAAUACGGAUCAGCUUGCAUAUCUCAAGUCAUGUCCUGUCAUUCUCCGCGUAGGGGAGUUGAAAGGAUUUCAUGGAGAAGUUGUGGUGGCACAUGCCGGCCUGGUACCCGGACUCGCUCUGGAAAAUCAAGAUCCCUCCUCGGUGAUGAACAUGCGAAUCAUUGAUCUUGGCACACAUGUACCUUCCAAAAAACAUGAGCGAAAGGGAAGCGUGCCCUGGUACAAAUUGUGGAACAGACAGCAACCAUUGAUACCAGCACAUCAAAGUUUGGCUCGCUUACGCAAGGGGGAAAAGAAAUUUCCGGAUGGACAGAGGACCGUCAUAUAUGGCCACGACUCUAAAAAGGGGUUGCAAAUACAAAAAUACACUAAAGGACUCGACACUGGCUGUGUCAAGGGAGGAAAACUCACGGCCUUGGUGGCUGAUUAUGGUGGGAAACAAGAAAUUGUCCAGGUGCAGUGCCGUGACCACCGUCCGCGGCCGCCAGUACAAGUGGACGUCGACGAAAUUCUCCGCAAUGGAAAAUUGGGGCCACCUGUCGAUAAGGAAACGGAUUAA